UUCAACACUGUGAAGGAGUUUCUAAAACUCUUUUGUAACUACCCACACACCAUCAAAAACUCAAGGCAAAUACAGAUCCAACUCAGACCAGCAGUAAAUGUGGAUAUAUUGAUAGUUUUGGUCUGAAUAUUUCAUGUGAUUUCCAUUUUUUUUUUGUUUUUCCUCCACAUUUUUAUCUGGAUCAUGUUGAUGGAAAUAGAGCGGCUCUGCCAUGCCGGAGGGUCGACAGCUGUGAGGUGUCAGUGGAAGUCGACAGUCACAGCGAAGAAGUGAACACAUGUGAAGAACACCCUGGAAUACAUUUUUUAACAUCUCUGAUCUCAAUGUGGCCACUUUUGGGUUUAUCAGAACAGAACCCUUGAGAAGAGGAGAGCUGACUGGACAGACAGAAGGACCAGCAGACUAAAGAUGUCCGACCUCAGCCAGGUAGAAGUGUACUCAGACUCCUCAGAUAUUUACAAGAAUGUGUUCUGUAACCCAGCAUUUGAACUGGAGGGGGAGCGAGAGGAGAGGGUGGAGGGAUUCAGGACAUCCUCAUCCACCCCUGAACCAAUCAAACCUCCAGCAGCUGGCCCAGGUUGGUGUCUCUUUGGAGUGUGUUCAAUGCGACUGCGGGGCCUGGGCUGUGGCUGGGGGGCCGUGUUGGUCUCUGCUGCUGCUCUGCUUCUGGUAGCUGCCCUGGGACUGACCCUCGCCCUCAUCCUCACACAGAUAAAAGACCAAUCAGCUGAGGAGGAGUUGGUGUCCACCACCCCUUCAGACCUGCUCAGCACAGGAGAGGAAGUGUCCCAUUCGUUACCCACAAUCCCUACCAGCAUUAGUCAAAGGGAUGGUACAGCUGCACCACAACCAACCAGACUGCCUACAUCUGAAACACGUUGUGGAGGGGUAUUAACCGACUCAGAGGGCAGUUUCAGUUCACCAAACCAUCCUGGCUCUUAUCCCCCCAACUCCUUAUGUGUAUGGGUCAUUCGAGUCCCACCCCCCUCCUUGGUCCAGAUCCACAUUUCCUCCUUAAACGUAGAGGGGCCGUCUCCAUGUCUGUUUGACUGGCUGGAGGUGCAGGAGCAGAUGGAUCAGAGCUCUGUGGUCACCAGGUUCUGUGGAAAUGUAGCACCACCGACCGUGAACACCAACAGCAGCUCGGUGUGGGUCACCUUUCACUCAGACAGCAGCAUCGCAGGCAGCGGCUUCACUGCACAGUACAGGAGCAUUCUGCCCGGGCACAAGAGCUGCUCCAGAGAAGAGUUCAUGUGUGAUAGUGGGCGCUGUCUGCUGCCUGUGUCUGUCUGUGACGGACAUCCAAACUGCCACGACCAAACAGAUGAGGAGAACUGCAGCCAUAAACACAAGGAAUGUGGUGGACAGAAAACAGGCCCAUAUGGUUUCGUGUCCAGUCCAAACCACCCGAUGCCUUAUCCUCACCAGCAGUUGUGUAUAUGGUAUAUUUCUGUUGAGGAGGGCCACGUCAUAACCCUCAGCUUCAGGAACUUCAGCCUGGAGACUCAGGAUGUGUGUGAAUUCGACUACGUGGAGGUGCACGACAGCGUGGACACUAGAGCUCAAAGGAUUAUGGGAAGGUUCUGUGGUACCACUUUUCCACCCGACCUAACAUCCUCUGGCCCACACAUGACUGUGGUGUUUGUGACAGAUGAGGGAGUGGCCGACAGCGGCUUUAAUGCAACGUACCAGGCUGUGUCCCUCUUGGACAGGACGUGUGGUCCAAACCAGUUUGCGUGCAGUACGGGGGAGUGUCUUCAGCGACAGUGGUUGUGUGACGGAUGGAACGACUGCUCUGAUGGAGCAGAUGAACAGAGCUGUGACAACUCCACCUACCCUCCUUUUAUUUCUUCAUGUGAACUGAUAGAGACAGAGAUGUGCCAGGGCCUGAGCUAUAACUUCACCUCAUUUCCAAACAUCUGGCUGCCCAUUGCUGACCAGAGAGAAGCUGCCACACUGCUGCGUCAGUACAGGGUGCUGAUGGAGCUUGCGUGCUUCGAGCCCCUGCGGCGGCUGAUGUGUGGGAUGUUCCUGCCCCAGUGCAGCCCUCAGGGUGGCGUCCUCCAGCCGUGUCGCUCAGUCUGUUCCUCAGCUGAGCAGCAGUGCAGCCAAGCCCUGGACAUGUUCUCCUUCAGCUGGCCUUUUAACUGCCACCUCCUGCCUGACUCACAGGACCCCAUGGAGUGCUCUCUGCCUUAAUGCAACAGAACGUAUUAAAACUGACACGGAGUUGCCAGUCGGAGGUCAUCAACGUUAUUCGGUGCUUUCCAAAAAAUGUGGACGUCACUUUUGCUGCAUGGAGUGUUUCAGAACUGAAAAUCUGCACUUUGUAAAUCUGCAGCUAAGAGUCAGCAAGAAAACAACCUUCACAACACAAAUGACAGGGAAUGUGUUCAACAGAAGUGACCUUACAAAUAAAUCAGCUUUGUGUUCAUGUUAUUCAGAAUGCACUACACAAUACUGCGGUUUACUACAGCCAGUAUGAAUACAAGAUAUUUAACACUU